AUGGCAAGCUUUCAAAUAACUCCUCCUGAGCAAUUUGAUUUCUCUAACACAGAGGGAUGGACAAGAUGGAUCCGUCGAUUCGAGCGGUAUCGCAUCACCUCCAAGCUUGCUACAAAAGACCAAGAAACCCAAGUAAAUCAGCUCAUAUACCUGAUGGGAGCAGAAGCUGAUGACAUUUUGCCGACUUUCACUCUCUCUGAAGAGGAACAGACGAGCUAUACUAUUGUCAAAGCUAAGUUUGAUCAGUACUUUUCUGUUCGUCGAAAUGUCAUAUUUGAGCGAGCUAAAUUUAACCAGCGUGUACAGAGAGAUGGUGAACCAGUUGAUAGUUUCAUCACAGAUCUCUAUUCUCUUGCAGAAAACUGUAAUUAUGGUGCACUUCAUGAUGAGAUGAUUCGAGACAGAAUUGUCGUUGGAAUCCGUGACCUCAAAUUAUCAGAAAAACUUCAGCACGACUCUGAAUUAACAUUACAGAAAGCUGUCACAAGUGCCAGACAAUCUGAAAUUAUCCACAAGCAGCAACCUGUGAUUCGAGGCAAUGUGUCUUUGAAUACAGCAAGUGGAAAUUCAAGAGUUGAAGAACUUGUCACUCCUAAAGGCAAAGGCAAGAAACCUCGUGGCAAAACUAAGCCCAAAACUUCACCUCGUCCAUUUUUUAACAAUGCAAAGCCUAAACCCACAUGUUCAUACUGUGGUAGAGAUUCACACCCAAGAGCAGAAUGUCCUGCAACCAGGUCAACCUAUCGGAAAUGUCGUAAAGUUGGACACUGGGAUGUAGUAUGCAGGAGUCAACGGUGGGGUCUAUCUGAGAUUCGUCUCGAACAAGGGUCUAACAAUGAGUGUACCAACGAGCAGGAAUAUGCUUUUCUUGGUUCCAUUAGUGCUGAUAGUGAAAGCUCUGAUCCAUCACGGCCUUGGCUUGUAAAUCUUGAGGUUAACUCACGACUAGUUCGUGACUUUAAGAUUGACACGGGUGCUGACGUCACCGUAAUUCCCUAUGACCUUUAUGUGUCUAAGCCUUUUCCAAAACUUCAGCAAAGUGGCAAGAGACUGUAUGGUCCAGCUAACUCUAGUUUGUAUGUUGUUGGAAAAUUCAGAGCAAAACUUAAAACUGUGUACGGUGAUGUUGUGACUGAGCAGAACAUAUAUGUCGCCAGAGGUCUUACUCGUUCUCUGCUGGGUAGACCCGCAAUUCAAGCUCUCAACCUUGUCAGCCGCAUUGAUAGCGUUGUUGGGGACAAAUGGAAAGACAUGUUUCCCAAACUGUUCACUGGGCUGGGAAAGAUGGAAGGUGAAUAUACUAUCAAGCUCAAAGAGGAUGCUAAGCCUUUCUCUAUCUCAACACCCAGACGUGUGCCUCUACCUCUCAUGAAGAAAGUGAAACAGGAGCUCCAAUCAAUGGAAAGCAGUGGUGUCAUAUCUAAAGUGGACUGUCCUACCGACUGGUGUGCUGGUAUGGUGGUCGUCCCAAAAUCUUCAGAGAAGGUCAGAAUAUGUGUUGAUCUGACUAAAUUGAACGAGUCUGUGAGGAGAGAAUAUCACCCUCUUCCUGCUGUGGAUCACACACUAAGUCAGUUGAGUGGAGCUAAAGUGUUCACAAAACUAGACGCAAACUCUGGAUUCCACCAGAUUCCAUUAUCCACAGAUUCCUCACUACUUACCUGUUUCAUCACACCCUUUGGCCGGUAUUGUUUUAACCGCCUACCUUUUGGCAUCUCGUCAGCACCAGAACAUUUUCAGAAAAGAAUGCAACAGGUUCUGGAAGGUCUAGAUGGAGUUGUGUGCCAGAUGGACGAUAUCCUGAUUCAUGGUCAUGAUGAAAGCGAACAUGAUCAGCAUGUAGCGGCAGCCUUGAGCAGAUUGCGUGAUGCAGGCAUAACACUUAAUCUGGAGAAGUGUCAGUUUUCAAAGAAUAAAGUGAAGUUCCUUGGACACAUAAUUGACAGCACUGGCAUUUAUGCAGACCCAGACAAAAUUCAUGCUAUUACCAGGAUGAGCGAGCCACAGAAAGUCUCUGAUAUCAGGACAUUUCUCGGUAUGGUUAAUCAGCUGGCAAAGUUUGUACCCAAUCUUGCAUCUAAAACACAACCUCUUCGCGAACUCCUUGUCAAGGACAGAGCUUGGGUCUGGGAGGAACCACAGCGUUCUGCGUUUCAGUCUAUCAAGGACCAACUGACAUCUGCUCCAGUACUCGGACAUUAUGAUCCAAAUGCGGAGACUUGUGUUUCAGCCGAUGCUUCCUCAUUUGGAUUGGGGGCAGUGAUCUGUCAGAAAGACUGCAGUGGAGUAUAUAAAGCAGUAGCCUACUGCUCUAGAUCAAUGACGGACACAGAAAGGCGCUACGCACAAGUGGAAAAAGAGGCGUUGGCAAUUACCUGGGCUUGUGAACGUUUUCGUGACUACCUGCUAGGUAAACAGUUUCACAUAAACACUGACCACAAACCACUUCUUUCUCUGUUGGGAAACAAGAGCUUGGACCAAUUGCCACCUCGCAUACAGCGAUUCAAGAUGCGCCUCAUGGCCUAUUCCUAUACUAUAUCACAUGUACCAGGGAAACAGCUUUGUUCAGCGGAUGCACUCUCUAGAGCGCCGACGGAUAUUCCACUCUCAAGCCAAGAGUCUUGUCUUCUGAGGGACACAAAUAUCUAUGUUGAUUCUGUUCUUGCUACAUUACCUGCAACAGAUCAACGACUGGAUGAGAUACGUCUCAAACUACGUGAAGACCCGAAAUUUUCUGAGACCUAUUGCUUCACUCAUAUCACAAGUAGCCCAAGGUACCCACAAAGUAAUGGUGAGGCAGAGAGAGCAGUUCAAACUGUGAAGCAACUUUUGAAGAAAUCAUCUGAUCCUUACAUGGCACUCCUCACCUAUAGGAGUACACCGUUACAAAAUGGAUUCAGCCCUUCUCAGCUCUUGAUGGGACGCAACUUGCGGACAACUCUCCCAGUUCAUACAUCUCAACUUCAGGCUAAUCAACCAUCUUCACAGGAAGUGAAGUCGUCGUUUACCAAAAUCCAACAGCGUCAAAAAUCGAACUAUGACUCUCGUCACAGAUCACGCAUUCUUCCCCAGGUGAAGGAGGGAGAUACAGUGCUUGUUAAUGACAGUGGAUUCAUCAGAGAAGGUCAAAUCCACAAGGAGGCUGAAACUCCAAGAUCAUUCUACAUCGAGGCAGGUGAUAGCAUUCUGCGCAGGAAUCGUAGACACCUCACUCCUGUACCAGGAAAGCAGCCAACAAACACAGACGCCAGGUCACAGCCCUUGAAUGUCUCGUCUGGUGUACCAUCAAGUGUGCAGCGUGACAUUCCACCUGAUGUGACUCUGACCAGAUCCGGAAGGGUUUCAGUUAAACCUGACAGACUUGAUUUGUAG